GGAAUUCAUAAUGUCCGAUAGCAAACGCCUUGAAAUUCAGUCUCUCUGUCUCGAAUCACUUUCCAAAAUUAAAAUUGGGACUGGACUAGAAGAAAAGCAGAACGGAAAGGAUUUUUACAAAUAUUUCUUUACAAAUUACCCUGAUCUUCGCGUCUACUUUAAGGGUGCUGAAAAAUACACAGCUGAUGAUGUACAAAAAUCAGAACGUUUUGAAAAACAAGGGCAACGUAUCCUCUUGGCUAUGCAUCUGACUGCGCGAGUUUAUGCUGAUGAGAUGGUAUUCGACUCGUACAUUCAAGAAACCAUUAACCGGCAUCGCCAAUUUAAAAUGGAACCGGCACUCUGGAUGGCCUUUUGGACAGUCUGGACAGGUUUUUUGGGAACAAAAAUAACUCUAGAUGAACGUCACAAAAAUGCUUGGAUGAGCUUGGGUCAAGACUUUGCAAAGGCUGCCAACAAACAUUUGAAGCUUUUAGGGCUUCCCACAGCUGAAUAA